AUGGCCCCUGGUCUUGUUGAAACAACCUUGCCUUAUAUCAAUGGAGCCUCAAAGCAACAUACCGACAGGCCCAGAGAGGUUUGGGGCACGCCUUUAUCGACACGAAAGCUCUCUCCCCAUGAUGUUGUCCACUUUGAUUCGGGUUUGAAGCCUCGUGCUCACCGGAUAGCUUCAAAUUCAUCUGCGUCGAAGAUCUUGCUCUUGAACGUUCAGGUCUUGGAUUCUACCGGAGCGCAGCCAUACUCUGGUGAUGUCUUCAUUGAGGGAGAACGCAUUCGCUAUGUCGGAACGGUCCCUGGAGUUGAAAGACUGCGCGUCGACCCCAGCGUCAAGGUCAUCCACGGCAAUGGACGAACCCUUAUGUCUGGCUUGGGAGACGCCCAUACCCACCUCACUUGGAAUGGAGGGGCCUUAGAUAACUUGGGUGACCUCGGCAUCGAGGAGCACACGCUGUGCACGGCCCGAUCCGCUAUGAUGUACUUGGAUUCUGGAUACACAAUGUGCUUUGGUGCCGCCUCAGCAAAAGACCGCCUGGAUAGCGUUGUCCGCGAUGCCAUCAAUCAGGGAAUAUUGCCAGGGCCGCGUUAUUUGGCAAAUGCCAGAGAGAUCGCUCGGAGGGGAGGCGAGCUUGCUGCAGAAAUUACUGCAUUUGCAGAUGGACCGUUGGAGAUGCGAGAGAUUAUACGGAGUCAUGCAAAAAUCGGGGUAGAUCAGAUCAAGUUGAGCAUGUCUGGGGAAGAUAUGGUAGAUACUAGGCCUGCAAAUGACUGCUACUUUAUUGACGACGAAGUGGCGGCAUGUGUUGAUGAAGCACAUCGUCAUGGACUGCGGGUCUGCUCUCACGCUCGAUCUCGCGAUUCAAUUGCCCAAUGCAUCAAGCACGGCGUCGACGUGAUAUACCACGCCAGCUACAUGGAUGAGGAGACCAUGGAUGCACUCGAAAAGAACAAGCAUCGGCACGUCGUCGCUCCCGGUCUCAACUGGCUCUAUGCAACUCUUCACGAUGCGGCUCCCUUUGGCAUAUCGUACAGUCAAGCCGAGGAGACCGGCUACAAAAAGGAAUUGGAGGCAGCCAUCAGGGGCUGCAAGGAAAUGCAUGAAAGGGGCAUUACUGUUCUUCCGGGAGGUGAUUACGGCUUCGCGUGGACGCCUCAUGGUACAUAUGCUCGAGACCUAGAGCAUUUCGUCAAGUUACUCGACUAUACACCGAUGGAAACUAUCAUCGCCGCGACUGCCGGAGUGGCAAAAAUGUUUAUGCAAGAGCAUGAGCUCGGUAAGGUUCAACCAGGUUAUUAUGCAGACUGCAUCCUGGUAGACGGAAACCCUCUGAGAGAUAUCAGCAUUCUUCAAGACCAUGACCGGCUCAACGUUAUCAUGAUCAAUGGAAGAAUCCACAAAGCCUCUCCAAAAGACUUCGCACAGCAGUUGACUAGUGCGCCUGCUAUUGAAGAGGCUGUACCCCAGGAAAAUCACUUCAGCAACUACGUUACCUACCUGGAUGAGCAGGGCAAGCAGCGUGUGGGACACCUUGACCUUGACACAUCAAGGGCGACCCCAUUAGCUAUGCCGUCUGGAGCUCCCAUCAGCUCAUUGUAUCAAGUCAUCGAGCUGAAGAAUGAAGUUGCUCCGGUGGGCGAGCCUAUACCCCUCGAGGAGGCUCGGAUUCUACCUCCCUUCAGUGAUCGUGAUAUCCUAGCAGUGGGUAAAAACUACGCAGAGCAUGCUGUAGAAUUCAACAAAAGUGGAUAUGACUCAAGCGACAAGAUUGACCAACCAUCGCAUCCAGUCAUCUUUACCAAGCGGUCCACGAGCAUAAUUGCCAGUGGUGAAGAGAUAUACCCUCAUCCUGAGUUCACUGAGUCUCUUGACUAUGAAGGCGAGAUUGGUGUGGUUCUUGGGAGGUCAGGGUACCAGAUCCCAGAGGAGGAAGCGAUGGAUUAUGUUUGGGGUUAUACCAUCAUCAAUGAUGUUACCGCACGCGAAAGACAGAGAGACCAUAAGCAGUUCUAUAUCGGAAAAUCCGCAGACACGUUUUGUCCAAUGGGACCCAUUGCCGUGCCGGCUGAAUACCUCCCCAAGAAGCUCCGCGUGCAAACCUUUGUCAAUGGCGAGAAGCGCCAGGAUGCUACGACAGACGACCUUAUAUUCUCCAUCCCCACUCUGAUCAAGACUCUUUCUGCGGGUACUACCCUCAGAGCAGGUGAUGUGAUUGCUACUGGUACCCCUGCCGGAGUUGGAUUUGGGCAGAAUCCGGUUCGGUUUUUGAAACCUGGUGAUCGAGUUGAGGUUGAGGUCACCGGACUUGGUCGUCUCCAAAAUGUCGUUGGCACUGCAUCGGAGAAGUCGAGCAACGAGUACAUUCCGGAAUCCUAUCUCCCAGAACUCAAUUUGGAGACUACCGCUGGUGGUAUCGGUUUAACAUGUAUAGAAGGAAAGCAGAUGAACAUCAAAAAGAUCGGAAACGGCCCCGAAACAGCAAUCUUUGUCCAUGGUCUCGGUGGCACUAGCGAAUACUUUACUCCUAUCGUCAAGUCCAGUGACUUCGAGUCCCGGUUUACAAGCUAUGUCUACGACCUGGAAGGUCACGGUUUAACACCCACCAACAUCGCAUCUCGGGUUUCAAUUGACAGCUAUGCCGACGACCUCGCCAACAUCAUCGACUUUACCAGCACUACCGCGCCAAUCACCCUCACCGCACACUCAAUGGGCAGUCUCAUCGCCAUAACAUAUGCCCUCCGCAACCCAUCCAGGAUCAAGAACCUAAUCCUCAUGGGCCCCGUCUCAACUCCCCUCCCACCAUCAGCUAGACAAGCCCUAACCGCCCGCGCGCAAGUAGUCCGGAAUAAGGGCCUCCUCGGCUCCGGAACUGCUGACGCAGUCAGCGACGCAGGAACUUCCUCCGCAACGAAAAUGUUCCAACCAGUCGCAUAUACCGCAGUCCGGUCCUCUCUUCUGAACACAAAGCCAGAAGGAUACGCAAAGGCUUGCACAGCACUUGCCGGGUGUGAGGCAUUAUCAAUUGAGAAAUUAUCAAUGCCAGUAUUGGUCAUGACUGGUGAUGAGGACAAAACGGCGCCGGUUCAGGCUGUAACUGCUAAUGUGCAUGAGCGGUUGCCAGACUCGAGGUUGGAGGUUUUGAGGUGUACGGGGCAUUGGCAUGUUUAUGAGAAUCCGGAGGGGGUUGCGAGGGCUGUUAGGUCGUUUCUGGCCUGA